GACACCGUUUUGAUUCAGCCAUGGUGAUACUACAUUUUCACUUCUUCUUGUUCUCUUUUUGUUUAUUUCAGUUCUUCAAUUUUUAGGCUCGAUUCUCGAUUUUUGCUUUCGUCUCGGAUUUUGAAUAACGAUUUUGGCUCACUAGAUCUGGUAUAUGGAUUUGUUUUCUCCGAUUUAGAUCUUUGAGAUUUUGUGUUGAUGUGAUCAGAGUUAGUGAUCCACUUGUGCUUCGUAAGUUAGAAUCGAAAUCAUGAAGGAAUCUGCUAAUUUUGUGUGUGUGCUUUCGAAGUUUCAUUAACUAUUGAACGUUUCUACGACCUUAUUCGAUUGUUUGAUCCAUCAGGCUUGUUGUGUGUUGAAGUUGCAAUUGAAGUCUAAAUCGUUGCUAGAGAUGUAUUAACGAGUUUAUGUGUGAGCUAUUCUAGUUUUAGAGGUUUCAGGAAAUUUCUAAGAUUCCUAAAUAAGAGAUUCUUGGCUUUUAGUAUUGUGUGGAUUCAAUUAUAGGCUAGCUUUGUGGGAUCUGGGAUGUGAAUCUUAGUGCUUCUGUUGUUUUAUUGAAAUCAGGCUAAUGCUGCGUCAGGAAUGGCAGUCCAUGAUGACUGCAAGCUAAGAUUUCUGGAACUGAAGGCGAAAAGGACACACCGUUUCAUUGUCUACAAGAUUGAGGAGAAGCAGAAGCAAGUGAUUGUUGAGAAAGUUGGUGAACCUAUUCUAACUUACGAGGACUUUGCAGCAAGUCUUCCAGCUGACGAAUGCCGAUACGCCAUUUAUGAUUUCGACUUUGUCACUGCAGAGAAUUGCCAGAAGAGCAAGAUUUUCUUCAUUGCAUGGUGUCCCGACGUAGCAAAGGUGAGAAGCAAGAUGAUCUAUGCGAGCUCUAAGGACAGGUUCAAGCGUGAACUUGAUGGAAUUCAAGUGGAGCUUCAAGCAACUGAUCCAACUGAGAUGGAUCUUGAUGUUUUGAAAAGCCGCGUCAACUAAAAGAAACUCUCUUUGAAUAAGCUUCCGAUUAUAUUCGACUAUUAUGAAAUGGUGUUUUCUAUUCUCUUACAGUCUCUUGUGACUGUUAGAUACACUUGACACCCUUCAUUCUAUCUGUCUGGUCUGUUCUCUGUGUCUAUGUUACCUUACAGUGUCUCAUCUAUAUUCAAAAUUAUCACAAGGUUUGUGCUGUGUUUGCUUCCUUUGUUUCAACUCUACCAAAGCUUAAGAUUAAGAUUUGGGUAAGAUGAUUCUUUUAAGCUUCCCUUUGUUCUCUUUGUUACAGAGGGUAUAAAAAAUGCAAAAACUAUUCACC